CUGAUCGGAUGGAAGAGCUGAAACGACAGUACGAUGAGAAAUCUGCACAGAAGGAAGAACUGAGAAAGAAGGCUGAGAUCACCGAGUUGAAGCUGGAGCGUGCUGGCAAACUGGUGUCUGGACUGGCGGGAGAGAGGGACCGCUGGGAAGCGAGUGUCAAGAUUCUGGAGGAGAACAUUGGCUACCUUGUGGGAGACUGUUUGAUAGCUGCUGCAUUCUUGUCUUACGCUGGACCAUUCCUGUCCAACUACAGGGACGAGCUGGUGGAGAAAACAUGGCUGGCGCAGGUGCGCCAGUUAAAUGUGGCUUGUAAUCCAGACUUCUCUUUCUCCAAUUUCCUGGCCAAACCAACCACUGUCAGAGAAUGGAAUAUCCAGGGUUUGCCCUCUGACUCGUUUUCAACAGAGAAUGGUGUUAUGGUGACACGGGGCAGCAGGUGGCCACUGAUGAUUGAUCCACAGGGACAAGCUAUCAAGUGGAUCAAGAAUAUGGAGACUAAGAAGGUCGCUGCAAGCGAGGUAAAUGGAAGUGUUGUGACAGCGUGA